AUGCACAUCGUCGUCAGCAGAGUAUGCAAUGAACGUCAGCAGGCAGCCCCAACAGAGUGGGAGACCAAUUACACUGAAGCACACAGGGGAUGGUAUAAAUAAUGAGAGCAAACUGUGCAGGCAUCGGUGAAGUCUAAGAACAUAGUGAGCCGGAGAUCAGAACAGGGAUCUCCCCAUUCAGCCAGACAGUGCCAUGGCACGUCAACGACCUCUCCUGCUCUUGCUCUUUGUAGUGCUAGUAGUCAGUACCCACCUGUCAAGAGCUCAGCACUGGUCUCACGGCUGGUAUCCCGGAGGGAAAAGAGAACUAGAUUUGUCACAGACUCCAGAGGCUUCAGAAGAAAUCAAACUGUGUGAUGGGGAAGAGUGUGCUUAUCUGAGAAGCCCAAGGAAAACCAUUGUGAACGCUCUGCUGGCUGACAUGCUGGCAAGACAACUCCAGAAGAAGAAGUGAGCCCUUCCACAGACUCUUUCCGAAAUGCUUGCCAGCCCCACUGGCUUUUCAGUCGUUUCCUUUGCAACAUGAUGGUGUGUCUGUAGAUUCCAUGUAUCUGAUCGUUAAAGAAUUCUUAUGAACAUCUUGGCUGACUGCACUCAAAUGCUGGGAAUGUGGAUAAUGGUGUAAUGCUUGAGAAAUGUCCCUGACCCAUCACCCGACCAGAACGAGGCCCUGUCUGGAGUUCUUUACGCACUGGUGUAACUCCACCAUGUUGAAUAAAAUACUUUUAUUUUGCUA